CUCUCCUGAGUUCAUGUCAUAUUCCUGUUUGGCGCAUUCACAGCAUGGCGCGUUUGGGUUGCUGGUGUUUUUUCCGGUUUGCAGUGUGGGUGUUGGGCGCUCAUUUUGUUUCUGCAGCGUUUGGGGCUGUGACUAAGAAAUGCGAUGAGGACAAGGCGAUGACGGUGUCGUUUGAUGGUUUUCCGGCAGUUUUUCUCCAGAAGACGAGAGGCGGGCUCGUAAAGGUGACCAAAGAUCUCCCAGGAGUCGUUCUCCAUUUAAUCUCUGGUCGCACCACACUAACGGUCCCCUUUUCUUCAUCGUUCGCUCACGUGACUGAACCGGGCUCCCAGUACGUCGUAACCAUUGCCGUUGGAUCUCGAACAAAUGUGAAAACCUUCACAUGCCCUAAACCAGCUCGCCGAUCUGGGAGUGUUGCUGAGAGAUGUGCAGUUGCAGCCAGUGAGAAGCUCCCUUGUGGAGGGUCUUCAUCCAUCACUCAAGCAGACUGUGAAGCCAACAACUGCUGCUAUGAUUUGAGCAGCAGCACCAGUCCAUGCUAUUAUGCCAAUGAUGUGACUGUGCAGUGCACCCUGGAUGGCCAGUUUGUGGUGGUGGUGUCUGAGAAAGUGACCCUUCCUUCCCUGGAUCUCGGGUCAAUCCAGUUGGUGGACAGCAGUUCCCCCAACUGCAGCCCUGUGACCAGCCUGUCCAGCUUUGUCCUGUACCAGUUUCCAGUCAGUGCCUGUGGCAGCACAGUUCAGCUUUCUGGUGGCAAUGUGACUUACCAGAACACCAUGUCUGCUGCCAUCACUGUGAGGAGUGGUCCAGAGGGCUCCAUCACCAGGGACAGUGUCUACAAGUUAUUCUUCCAGUGCACCUACUCGGGAAGCCAGGAUGUGCGGCCGUUUGACCUGGAAUUGGUCAUUGCAACAGAUUCCUCCUAUGGCUCUUACUAUGUGGAUGCUGACUACCCAGUGACCAGAACUCUGAGGGAUCCUGUGGCUGUGGAAGUGCACAUCGUGAACAGGACUGACCCUAACCUUGUGCUGACUCUUGGGGACUGCUGGGUCACUCCAGGACCUUCUGCUUCCAGCCAGCCCCAGUGGAGCCUUCUGGUGAAUGGGUGCCCAUACAUGGGGGACAACUAUUUGACCAGCUUGGUGACUGUGGACAACACAUCUGGAGUGGCCUACCCAAGUCAUUACAAGAGAUUUGUGUUUGAGAUGUUUGCUUUUGUGGAUCCUGUAGCUCGGCAAGCCUUGGCUGAAAAGAUCUUCAUCUACUGUGUUGCUGCUGCCUGCUAUCCCUCUGCCACAGACCCUUGUACUCAGAGCUGCCCUGUAAGAAGAUCUGGCAGAGCUGCAGACAAGGUGGCACAAAUUGUUUCCUCCAGGAAGAAUAUGCUCCUUCACAGUGGUCCUGUGGUCUUUGUGGCUGACGGUAUGCAAACCUCCAGACUGGAGCAGAAAGCCUCUCUUCCCAGUGGAUACCUGGUACUGGGAGCUGCAGCUGCCAUGUUGAUGGUGAUCCUGGUUUUAGCUAUAGUUGCUUUGAGAAGGUUGAACAAGCAGAAAGUGAAUCUGAAAUUUUAAAUAAAAGGCUCUUCAUGAA